AUGCUGAGCCUGGCUGAUUCGCCGAAUGUGAUCAGCAUUCGACCUGCCAGCGGACUGCAGUGCUCAUGUGCGGGAGACGCAUGGCACGGCAUCCAUCCAAGGAUGGCUGGACACUUACAUCGAAAGCCAGCAGGUGGUCAUGUUCUGAAUAACCACCGGGCACUUCUUCAGCUGGCCGCUGCGACCUGUGUGUUCCGAUUCCGAGGCGGCAGGCGGAAAUCGAAAGUGCCAGCGCUCGGGCAGAAAGAAGAGAUUCCUGCUGUGGACCUGGAUGGUUGCAGUUGGUUGAGCGCAGGUGACGGCGCAGAACCGCCCGCUGAAAUCGUAGCUGCAGUUCGCGCUGCUUUGAUGUCGCAUGGGCUCUUCUCAGCCACAGGCCAUGGAGUGCCCUCGGUUGUCGUGAAGAAAGUCCGUGCGGAGUCCCUGGCCUUCUUCGAUGAGCCACUGGAGGUGAAGCAGAGCUGUGCCGUUUACAACAUGGAAAGAAACCGUGGCUAUGAGAUCUACCCGCAUCACCAGAGGUUUCUAGAACAGUGGCAAGCCACCUCUGUGCCUCCAGAUGCACAUGCCGAGCCAUCUGCUGGGCAAGGCAUCGUCUGCGAGCGGUUCUGCUGCGGGCCGCCAGCGAUUUGUGAGGCCGAUGAGCCACGGGCCAAGUCCACAGAGUGGAAGUUGGAUGACUACUACCGCUCUGCAUAUGGCGGCUUGGGCCUGCAUCAGUGUCGGAAUGCCUUGUUCCUAGGCGUGCAACUAUCCAUCUUUGCUGCCUCGGUGCUUGCGACCACCGGACUUGCCACUUUGUCGGAGUACCAACUGCGGGCAAAGGCACAUCAGGAUUUCGGUGCCUUCACGGUUCUGGCGAGGUCUCCCGGCACAGACUCUGGUCGGGCCAAGUGCGGCCAGAGCGGUGCCCUUGAGGCUCGUUUGCCUUCUGGUUCGUGGGCAUGUGUGCCUGCAAGAGAAGAUGCCUUGACGGUAAUGCCGGGAACUUUGAUCGAGUAUUUAACUGCAGGACGAUGUCGAGGGGUCAUGCAUCGUGUCUCGAAUCCGCGGCCCGCCCUGGCAGCAGAUUCUCGACGGCUUUCCGUCACUUUCGUGGCGAAACCCGACUACACGGCAGCUGCUGUGCCACCGGACAGCAACCUGGCAGAUCCUUCGACGCCGACCCUUGGCGACCUCUGGCGAGUGGGAUGGCAAGAAAAGCAGCGCCUCAUGGGAACAAUGCCACACGGCGUUGCGGUGCAGCAGUUCCGCAGACAUCGGCAGGAGCUGCGGCAGCGUCUUCUCUUGCAAGACUAG